CUUGAUUCAUUCCGCGCCACCUGUCGCUUGCAAAGUAAAAAUGCAAAAAGCCCCACUGUUCCUUCCCAUAGUUGUGAUAAUCAGCCUCUUUUUAUUCAAUGGUCAAGAAAGUUGUUGAUUCUCGUGUACAUACACUUAUCAAAAACUGUGUGCAAACAAAGCAUAGAUCGUUCUUUGUAAUUGUUGGUGAUAAAGGAAGAGAUCAGGUCGUAAACUUACAUUGGCUUUUAUCUCAAGCCCAAGUCACCUCUCGUCCUUCGGUAUUAUGGUGUUAUAAGAAAGAACUUGGCUUCACAAGCCAUCGAAAGAAGCGUGAAGCUAAAAUCAAAAAAGAUAUUAAACGAGGAAUCAGAGAAGUUAAUCAAGAAGAUCCCUUUGAGCUGUUCAUUACUGUUACCAAUAUUCGCUAUGCAUAUUAUAAAGAAACACAAAAGAUUCUCGGUAAUACUUAUGGAAUGUGUAUUCUCCAAGAUUUCGAAGCAAUCACACCAAAUACAUUGGCUCGUACUAUUGAAACUGUCGAAGGUGGAGGUAUGGUCGUACUCUUAUUGAAAAGCAUGAGCUCUCUUAAGCAGUUAUACACAAUGACCAUGGAUGUGCAUAGUAGAUAUCGUACUGAAGCGCAUAGCGAUGUUGUUGCUCGAUUUAACGAACGCUUCAUCUUAUCUCUCACCUCAUGCGAAACUUGUUUGGUUGUGGAUGACGAGUUAAAUGUUUUGCCAAUCAGCAUGGGCAAGAAUGUGAAGCCUCUCGCAGUGAAAGCAUCAGAUGAACAAUCCCCAGAAGAAAUCGAACUUGCAGAGCUAAAGGAAUCUUUAAAGGAAACAGAACCUGUAGCUUCUCUUGUCAAGAACGCUCGCACGAUUGAUCAAGCAAAGGCAAUUUUGACCUUUAUUGAAGCUAUUUCUGAAAAAUCACUUCGCAGCACUGUUGCUUUAACGGCUGCUCGUGGUCGUGGUAAGUCUGCUGCUCUUGGUAUUGCUAUGGCAUCAGCUGUUGCAUAUGGAUACUCCAACAUCUUUGUUACAUCACCCAGCCCUGAAAAUUUAAAGACGUUAUUCGAAUUCGUAUUUAAAACUUUUGAUGCACUUGGCUAUGAAGAACAUCUUGACUACGAUAUUGUGCAGUCCACCAACCCUGAAUUCAACAAGGCCAUUGUCCGAGUGAACAUAUUCAAACAACAUCGUCAAACAAUUCAAUAUAUUCAACCUCAAGAUGCACACGUCCUUGGUCAAGCUGAACUGGUUGUUAUUGAUGAAGCUGCAGCUAUUCCUUUACCUCUGGUACGUAAGCUCUUGGGACCGUACCUUGUCUUUAUGGCUUCCACUAUCAACGGUUAUGAAGGUACCGGCCGCUCUCUUUCUUUGAAGCUGAUUCAACAAUUACGUGAACAAUCACGAGGUAUUGUUGGAAAGAAGACAGAUGAUGAUGCAGAUGGAAUUGUUGUAGGACGAAACAUGGAAGUCAAAAAGACCGAAGGCUCCAUGUCUUUAGGCGGCCGUACUCUGAAAGAAGUCAAACUUGAAGAGCCUAUUCGUUAUGCUCCUAACGAUCCAGUUGAGAAAUGGUUGAACAAGGUUCUCUGCUUGGAUGCCAACAUUGUUUCCAAGAACAUCCAAGGCUGUCCUCAUCCCUCAGAAUGUGAGCUGUAUUAUGUCAACCGUGAUACGCUAUUCUCAUAUCACCCUGUUUCGGAAACAUUCUUACAACGUAUGAUGUCUCUUUAUGUAGCAAGUCACUACAAGAACUCACCUAAUGAUUUACAAUUAAUGAGUGAUGCGCCCGCACAUCAUCUAUUCGUAUUGCUUCCCCCAGUAAACGAAAAGACUAGUAGCUUGCCUGAUCCUCUGGUUGUUAUUCAAGUCUGUCUCGAAGGUGAGAUUUCUCGUCAAACUGUCAUGAACUCUCUUGCUCGCGGUCAGCGUCCUGCAGGCGAUAUGAUCCCCUGGUUGAUUGCUCAGCAAUACCAAGAUGAUGACUUUGCAAGCUUGUCCGGUGCUCGUGUCGUCCGAAUUGCCACACAUCCAGACUAUGCAAAGAUGGGAUAUGGCUCUAGAGCGCUCGAACUCCUCACAUCCUUCUAUCAAGGAAAGGUCUCUAGCUUGAGCGAAAGCUCUGGCUUAGAGGAAGAUGCAUUGCCUCGUGUUGAAGAUUAUGAAUUGGAAAAUGCAAACAUCAAGACAGAGCAAAUCAAGGUCCGUGAUCCUAGCAAGAUGCCAGCUCUUCUUACAAAAAUCAGUGAAAAACCUUCUCAUCGUCUUGAUUAUCUCGGUGUCUCUUAUGGUCUUACUCCUGCUCUUCACAAAUUCUGGAAGCGUGCUGGCUUUGUUCCUCUGUACAUGCGUCAAACUGCCAACGAUUUGACAGGAGAGCAUACCUGCGUGAUGAUCAAAGCAUUAACAGAUACUCAAGAUGCUCGUGUAGCAAAUUCAGCAUGGUUGGAUGCUUUUGCUCGCGAUUUCUCAAAGCGUUUCAUCCACUUACUCUCAUACAACUUCCGCGACUUUACUGCAGUCAAUGCACUCAGCGUUCUUGAUGCUGCAAAGCAAGGUGAAGACCCUGAAGCCGAAGGAGAAAAGCAAUUGGACAAGGAAAGAUUGAAUACACUGUUUAGUCCUUAUGACUUGAAGCGUUUAGAAUCUUAUGCUAACAAUAUGGUCGACUAUCAUGUUAUUCUUGAUAUGAUUCCUACCGUUGCUGAGCUUUACUUUAGAGGCGAGAUGCCUGCUGAUAUCAAGCUUUCAGGUGUUCAAAGUGCUAUUUUACUUGGUAUCGGUUUGCAACGUAAAUCUGUAGAUGAUCUUCAAAAAGAGUUAUCUUUGGCAAGCAACCAAGUUUUGGCCUUAUUUGUAAAGAUUGUGAAAAAGUUCUCUCAGUACUUUACAAAAGUCGAAGAAAAAGCAAUUGAAGCGUCUGUUCCCAAGCCAUCUAAAAAAGAGACUAGUGAUGAGAGUGGUAAACGUGAUAUAGCAGACGAAGAGGCAUGGCAACCACUGGCGGAGGAUGUGGAUGAAGAUUUGGCGAAGGCUGGUAAUGAAGUGCUGGAUGAAUUAAAAUCCAAGCAAAGAGAGUUGAUUGACUCUCUUGAUCUAUCAAAAUAUGCUAUUGGAGGUACAGAUGACGAUUGGACAGCAGCCGAACAACGAGUAAAGUCCUUAUCUUCUGGAAAGAAAAGUGGAGUUAAUUCGGUGAUAAGUGUAAAGAACGAGAAAUCAUCAAAGAAGAGAAAAUUAGAAAGUGCACAACAGCUUGCUGAUAAAGAAAAGAAGCGUCAGGAAGGCAAGAUUAAGCUUUCAAAGAAAGCAAGAAAAUCAUAGAUAAAAUAAAGAAUUCUUUGGUUAACAUUAUAGAACAAAAAGAUAAGCUUUUAUAUAGUCAAACAUUUUCAUCAAAAUGAUAUUUUACCCCCGAA